ACUGGCGAGCCCUGCGCUUAAUGACACGCUCGCCAUGGCAGCCACACAGAUCACGGCACUUCGUACAUUUUCCAUGUCUGGAUACUGGGGCCCUACUGCCAGCGCGUAUGCCGGGAAAUGGAAAAACCACGUCUGCCCUGCGUCAUUCUUCCCAUGAGUCCCAGAAAAGCCAGCCAGCCUAGCCAGAGGCCACAGAGCGCGGUUGAGCCCGGUCCGGAGAAUUGGCAUCGACAAAGCCUCUCCGCGCGAGAGAUGCAGCCCAUCCCGGGGAGGCCGCCUCAUUGGCUAGGGAAACUGAUUAGGAUCGAAGAGUCGACUUGCGCAAUAAUACUGCCAGGUACCAGAUUGGCUGUGCGGAAUGGCAGCGUGGCGGUUCACUGCACGAGGACACCAUCGGCGGCUCUCAACAUGGCCCCUUGCAGUUGCACUUUUCUUCAUUGUCAACGAAUGGCUGAGAGGGAGCUGGAUGGAUGCGCUUGGUGGGCGCCUAAAAUUGCAGCUUAACUGAAAAAGUACAGGGCGGGUCCAAAAAUGUGGCCCACCCCGCACCAACCAUCCCCAGCCACAGAAUGUCUACAUCAUA